GGCCAGGAGGACUACGUUGACAAGGGCCUCGACUCUCUCGAGAGAAAGGAGGGCCAGGACCCCAGCAAGCUCCGCUCUGUCAACGAGAAGGUCACCGACACUGCUCGCGGCAUGUUCGAGAAGGCCACUGGCAAGAACGUUCCCGACAAGGUCUCGAACUAG